AUGACCACCACAACAGCCGAGAUGGAUCUGGAUGCACAGGAGGCUCUCUUCUUCGGCCAACUGGGCCCGCUCAGGCAAUCCCCGCCCUCCACCUCAGGGGCCCUGGGGAAUCCUCCCUCCAACCAAGGGGGAGCCAAACCGCAGCGCACGGACGCAGACCCCAAAGGUCAGGGGAAGAGUCACAAGGGCAAGGGCCGAGGCAAGGGCAAGGGAAAAGGAGGGCCGCAGCUAGGACCCAAGACGGAGCGAGGAAUGUACCCGGCAGCGGCGAUGUGGGCAUACAGCAGUGGUUCAAGAAGCGGACUGGCGACUCCCUGGGGGAGGGAGGAUGCGAUGUCCGAGUACAAGGACUCCGAGACCCAAUCGGAGUGGAUCGAGACCAAGGUCCACAAGCUUACCCAGCUUGUCCUGAGGCAAGAACAAACCCUCGCCUCCCUCCGACAGGACAUGGUUAUGCAUUUGUUCAUGAAGAAUGGGGAGUCUGGGAUGGUACCGGUACUGUGCGAGACCGUGACGUUGGAAGCAGCGAGCAAGAAGGAGGAAGCCAUGACCCACGCCAAGUCACUUGGGUGGGUGGACUCAGAGGGUCAUUGGCUGACUCUGCGCUGGAAUCCAGGCCAACAAGCCCUGGAGGCCGACUCGGAGAUCAGAGGGGUCCCCACCAAGGACCUGCUGUCGCAACUGGUGCAGAUGAGACGAGGAUCCACGGAGGAAACGAUUCUACGAUUCCGCAGCUUGAGGCACCUGACCACGGGGGUCCAGGCAGAAUGGAUUCAGUUUCAAUUGGUGGUUUCCCUCAGGCCGGAGGCUGCCCCAGUUUGGUCGACACUGCAGGGCUGGAUCGGGAGUGCAGCAUGGCAUGUGCUGGGGUGUCGCUUGAGACGCGACCGACCAGCCUACGACUCUCUGGUCAACGAGCCCUGGAAUUACCAAUGA